UCAGUAUGCAUAUUAUAAAAACUGAUCUAUGACUGUUAAACUGAAUACUUAAUAACAGAAAUUCUUUACUAUUCUUACUUAUAUUUUAAUUAACAUUCUUUUUUCAACAUGUUGAUGUCAUUAUGUAUUACUUGAGGAAAAAAGCAAAGUAUGGUCCAAAUAACCCAGUGAGAUACACAACAACAGAUUGUUUUUUCAUAAAGUGGGUUGAGGCUAUCCACAAGCAGUACAAGGAAUACAAAAAUGAUAAGUGUUUUAUUACUGCUGAUCAUAAUGUGGCAAAAAUUAUUCGUGGGUUUAAAUUGAUUGCAAAUAUUGCUUGGGAUAGAGUUGAUAAUGUGCUCAUCCCAGUCAAUAUAAGCGAAGAAUACCAUUGGGUGUUGGUUGUUUUAUGUAUGAAAAGAAGGUGUCUCUACGUAUAUGAUUCAUUCCCAGGUGGGGCUAUGCAUACUAAUUCAAUUCGAGAAGUUGUUGAAAGGCUGGCCACCAUGAUACCUCUCUUUUUUAAUUGCACUGGAUUUUGUGGGAAAAGGAAUGACAUAAACUGGAUAACUGAACCAACAUAUGUUGGGAAGAGCUUUGAUGAUCCUUUGGAAUAUGUCUUUGUGGAUCAUUUGCCAGAACAACAUCCAGAGUCUAAUGAUUGUGGGUUAUACACAUGUGCAUUUGCUGAAUAUAUCAGCCAAGGUGUAUUUGAAAUUUCUGAAGAAGAUUUUGAUGCCGCUCUUCAUCGUCGGAGGUAUGGUGGCCUGCUGUGGGAUUAUGCAAGAAAAAAGCAGGCUGAUGGAGCUAUUAGUGAGAGUGAAGUAACAGGAAAUGUUACCAGCAGAUUGGGUGGUCCAAAAAUUUGCAAGGAACCAGUACCUCAAAAGGAGAAAUUACCGAGACUGAAACGAAAAGUUUAGAAUUCUUAGAAUUAGUGACUAGUUAUUAGUUUGUUGGUGUAAGAAAGAUGAUUUUUGUUGGUGUUGGCCUAAGUAGUUGACUGAUUUUGUUGGUGAAUUAAGUUUGAUUAAUAUGAUA